GCAAGGAGCAGCUGGGAAGCAUGGACGUGCCUGAAGUUCCCGAAGUGGAUGGUCUCGAGGUCCUCGACUUCAGCAAGAAGAACGAGGACGGCUCUCCACAUCCUUAUGAAAUCCGGCUUUCAAAUGGAAGGAAAGUGUUGGUACACGAGGAAAAUGCUUACCAAAACUUUUAUGAAAACGAAAGAUCAUUUGAGGAUUUGGAAGGAAACAAUGAUGGUGAAAAGAUCGCAUUUGAAUUUGAUUUUCAGGUCCAUAAAGAUGGGCUCAAAGAGCUGAAAGUUGUGGGCAACACAAUACAUUCCAAUCCAAUGGCUAUAUAUCACGCAAACGUGCUGUGGAGCUAUGCUUACGGUCUUUCCGUCGCCGAGGAGGAUAAGGAAAAUUCCGAUUUACUAUGUCAAUUCGAAAUGAUUUCAUUAGGACCGCAUUUCUCAAAGAAAGGAGAAAUAGUGAAAGGAGGAAUUGGGAACAACUCUCCACCAAAGCAACUCCCACCGGAAGUUCACAACAUCACUUUACAUUUGAAAGGGAAAGAUGAUAUUGAAGUACCGCUUGUUGAAAGGGGUGACCGCUUCGUGGCUGAGUCUCUGCUAUCGCUCAAUUUGCUUAAUGAGGUGAUGGAGCAGACGACAACGCUUACUAUGAGAGUUAAGAUCACAAUUUCCCGCUCCUACUUUAGCUUGGACAAACUGAUAGAUUUAAGCUUAAAACAACCCAAAACGACUCCUGCUGCUGAAAAGAUCCUGUCUACAAUAUUAGCUGGAGACAAACCUCCCGGAUUUGAUUGGGUGAUCACAGUUGCCGAAGGAUCACCUAGGGAGUAUUUUGUGCAUAAGAAAGUGCUAGCAGACGCAAGCCCAAUAUUACAAGUCCUUGUCCAUACUCAUUCAUCUCUUCCCAAUGAAAAUCUUUUGAUGAUAUCUCAUGAAGAUCGAUUCAUUCUUACUUCCACUCAUGCUGUUGACAUGAAAACGAUUCUCACCUACCUCUACCUGCGCCAGUACGCAAUGCCUCCAUUUGAUGCAUUUGCUCGUGUAGGACGAGCACUCUGUGCUCUAUUUUCUAAAGAUGUAAUCGAGAAGUUCUUUGAGCAUUGGCAAGUUGCCAUCGUAAGAGAUAUAUUGAAUCUUGAUCGAAAAGAUUAUAAAAACACAUUAUUGGCAUGCACUCGCCAUCUCAUUUCCAUAUUCUCAGCUCCAUAUGGUGCAUUCCCAGUUGCAAAACGAGUGGCUGUAGCAACCAUGGCCGACACGUGGCAAAUGGCUGAAGCAGCGGGAAUCAAUGUUGAAGAGGAGCUGAACGUAGGAACGCUCCCGAAAGGGAUGUUGGAUAAGAUUUUCUAUAGCGUUGGAAAAUUCCGAAUGGUUGUCGCUGGUGUCAAGAAAACCGGUGUUUGAAAAAUUGUGCAAAAAUGUGUUUGAAUAGUCUAAAAUGUGUCAUCUCUUGUUUAGGUGUAUGAUCGAGUAAAGGUUU